CUUUUUAGACGGUCCCUAACUUGUUUGCCACACUACAGACAUUCUGGACACACUUGGACGUUCGCAAUAAACAUAUAGAGGCCUGUGUUGUGAGGAGUGAUUGGAUGUUCUGAAGUAAACACGCUCUCCAUCUGAGAUGAGUCUCUCAGAGAAACAGAGUGGAAGUUCAGGCUCACGUGUGUCCAGCUCUGUGUCUGUGAAGAGUGACCAUUCAAAAGGAGAUGGCACACCGAACUUCAGUGAGAAACAAACAUCAUCUAUUAAAAGUGUAAGAUCAGGCUCACAUGUGUCCAGCUCUGUGUCUGUGAAGAGUGACCGUUCAAAAGAUUUUGGGCUACCAAAUUUCAGAGAGAAAAAAACAUCAUCUACCAAAAGUGUAAUAUCAGGCUCACAUGUGUUCAGCUCUAUGUCUGAGAAGAGUGACCAGUCACAUGAUCCUUCACCAAACUUAAGUGGGGAAACACCAUCAUCUACAAAAAGUGUAAGAUCAGGCUCACAUGUGUCCAGCUCUCUGUCUGCGAAGAGUGACUGUUCAAAAGAUUAUGAGCCACCGAACUUCAGAGAGAAAAAUCCAUCAUCUACCAAAAGUGUAAGAUCAGGCUCACAUAUGUCCAGCUCUGUGUCUGUGAAGAGUGACCAGUCAAAAGAUAAACCACUGAACUUCAGUGAGAAAAUAUCACCGACCAAAAGGGUUCAACAUGAGAAAUUAGACACAAAGGUUCAGAAGUGCCACUUCCACAAGAAGUUCAGAGAAAAUCUCCACAGCAUAUUCCAGGAUCUUGAGAACAAAAUAAUAACAUUUUUGAAGUAUGAGCUGGAAAAAUUUAAGAAAAUAUUAAAAAAGGAAAACACACAAUACUUUGUGAGAGAUACAGAGGACAUGUGCAGGAUCAAAGAAGCAGCUCUUGAUCUCACACUCUACUUCCUGAGAGAGAUGAAGCAAGAUGAAGCUGCUGAUACUCUAGAAGACAAGCUGGUCUUCAUGCAUCUUAAAUCAAACCUAAAGAAAAAGUAUCAAUGUGUGUUUGAAGGAAUUGCUAAGCAAGGUGAUGCUACGCUUCUGAAUAGCAUCUACACAGAUCUCUAUAUCACUCAGGGUUGUACUGAACAGGUCAAUACUGAACAUGAGGUAAGACAGAUUGAAGUUACUUCCAGGCGUCAUGAAUCACAAGAGAUACAGGUUGAAUGCACAAAUUUAUUUCAACCUGGAAAAGACAAGAAGAUCAAAACUGUACUGACAAAAGGAGUUGCUGGAAUCGGAAAAUCAGUCUCUGUGCAAAAGUUUGUUCUGGAUUGGGCUGAAGGAAGAGAAAAUCAAGACAUCAGCUUCAUAUUUCCUCUUCCAUUCAGAGAGAUGAACUUAAAGGAUAAAGAAAAACAAAGUUUGAUGGACCUUAUAACUCUGUUUUUCCCAGAGACAAAAGGACUGAACCUUGCAAAGAGGAAUAUGUACAAAGUCCUGUUCAUUCUUGAUGGAUUGGAUGAAUUUCGUCUUCCUCUGAACUUUGAGUGUAAUGAGACGUGGUCUGAUGUAUCGUCACCAGCCUCUCUGGAUGUUCUCCUAACAAACCUCAUCAAGGGAAAUCUGCUUCCUUCUGCUCUCAUCUGGAUCACCACCAGACCAGCAGCUGCCAGUAAGAUUCCUCCUGACUGUAUCGACCGAGUGACAGAGAUACGAGGAUUCAAUGAUGCACAAAAGGAGGAGUACUUCAGAAAAAGAUUCAAAGAUGAGAAUCAGGCCAAAGAAAUCAUUGAUCAUGUUAAAAAAUCAAAGAGUCUCUUUAUCAUGUGCCACAUCCCAGUCUUCUGCUGGAUUUCAGCCACUGUUCUCAAGAACAUUUUGGAAAUGAAAACAAAUAAUGAUCAGAAAAACAAUCAGGCAAAUAACGUCUCCAAAACACUGCAGGAAUCAAAUACUGAAGACACUCCCAAGACUCUGACACAAAUGUACACACACUUUCUACGCUUUCAGAUCCUGCAGAGCAGACGAAAAUAUGAUGGAGAAUACACACCAGAUAUUUCCUGGGAUAAAGACGCCAUACUUUCACUGGGGAAACUGGCAUUUCAACAACUGGAAAGAAACAAUGUGAUCUUCUAUGAAUCAGAUCUGGAAGCUUGUGGUAUUGAUGUCUAUAAAGCAUCAGUGUAUUCAGGCAUGUGUACCCAGAUCUUUAAGGAGGAAAGAGGGAUCAUUCUUGGUACCAUGUACUGCUUUGUUCACUUGAGCAUUCAAGAAUUUAUUGCAGCCCUUUAUGCACAUCUGUUUCUAGACAUUCACAAGAACAGCGUGUUUGUUCAUGAGUCUACAGAACAGGACAACAAAAAUGAAACCGUGACUGAUUUGCUCAAGACUGUAGUUGACAAAGCGCUUGAGAGUGACAAUGGACACCUGGACCUUUUCCUUCGAUUUCUUCUUGGCCUGUCAAUCCAGUCCAAUCGCCUACUCUUACAGGGUCUGUUGACACAGCAAGAUGACAAUGACCAGAGCAAAAAGGAAAUCGUUCAGUACAUCAAGCAUAAAUUUGAAGCUAAUCUGUCUCCAGAGAGAUCCAUCAAUCUGUUCUACUGUCUGAAUGAACUGAACGACCAAACUCUGGUGAAAGAGAUUCAGACCCACCUUAGCAAAGGAAGUCUCUCAUCUGCUGAUCUUUCUCCUGCCCAGUGGUCUGCUAUGGCCUUUGUGUUGUUGACAUCAAAGGAAGAGCUGGAGGAGUUUGAGCUUCAGAAAUUCAAGAAAUCAGAUGAGUGUCUCAUUAGAUUAUCAGCAGUCAUCAAAAACUCCAAAAUAGCUCUACUGAAUGAUUGUGACUUAACAGACAGAAGCUGUUCAGCUCUGGCUACAAUUCUUGGUUCAGAUACCAGUCUGAAAGAAAUGAACAUGAACAAUAAUAAUCUGCAGGAUUCAGGAGUGAAGCUGCUCUGCACUGGACUGGAGAAUGUAAAGUGUGAACUGGAGAUACUGAGACUUUCAGACUGCAGUAUCACUGAAGAAGGUUAUAAAGCUCUGGCAUCAGCUCUGAGAUCAAACCCUUCACACCUGAUAGAGCUGGAUCUCACAGGAAAUGAUCCUGGACAAUCAGGAGUGAAGGAGCUCAAUGAUUUACUGCAGGAUCCAAACUGUCAACUGAAGACACUGAGGUUUUUGAGUCCUGAUGCAGAAGAAGCCUGUCAGCAUUUGACUGGAGUUGUGGGUAAAAAUCCAUUACUCCUGAGAGAGCUGAAUCUGAGUGGACAUGAACUAGGAGACACACGAGUGAAUCAGAUCGCUGCUCUACUGCUGGAUAAACACUGUCAUCUUAACACACUACAGCUGCAUGAUUGUGGUCUAACAGAGGAAAGCUGUUCAGCUCUCGCUACAGUCCUGAGAUCAAACUCCAGUCUGAAAGAACUUGACAUGAGCAACAAUAAUCUGCAGGAUUCAGGAGUGAAGAAACUCCAGAACGGAUUAGAAAAUACAAACUGCACACUGCAGAAACUCAGACUUUCAAACUGCAGUAUCACUGAAGAAGGUUAUAAAGCUCUGGCUUCAGCUCUGAGAUCAAACCCUUCACACCUGAUAGAGCUGGAUCUCACAGGAAAUGAUCCUGGACAAUCAGGAGUGAAGCAGCUCAAUGAUUUACUACAGGAUCCAAACUGUCAGCUGAAGACACUGAGGUUUUUGGGACCUGAUGCAGAUGAAGCCUGUCAGUAUGUGACUGGAAUCGUGGGUGAAAACCUGUUACUCCUGAGAGAGCUGAAUCUGAGUGAACGUGAACUAGGAGACACACGAGUGAAUCAGAUCGCUGCUCUACUGCAGGAUAAACACUGUAAACUCAACACACUGAUUCUGAAUAACAGCGAUAUCACAGAAGACGGUUGUCGUGUUCUGGCUGCAGCUCUGAAUUCAAAUUCAUCAAAUCUGAAAGAGCUGAAUCUGAGUAAGAAUAAACUCGGAAACUCAGGAAUGAAGAUUAUUUUGACUCUGUUUGAAAAUGUACAGUGCAGACUGGAAAAGCUGAAGUUGAACUGCAUCAGUAUUACAGGUGAAGGUUGUGCUGCUCUGGCAUCAGCAUUUAAUUCAAACCUCAGAGAGCUGGAUCUGAGCGAGAAUCAACUAGGAAACUUAGGAGUAACAGAAAUCUCCAGUGAGCUGAGAAAUUCACAAUGCACCCUACAGAUACUCAGACUUUCAGACUGCAGUAUCACUGAAGAUGGUUAUAAAGCUCUGGCUUCAGCUCUGAGAUCAAACCCUUCACACCUGAUAGAGCUGGAUCUCACAGGAAAUGAUCCUGGACAAUCAGGAGUGAAGCAGCUCGAUGAUUUACUACAGGAUCCAAACUGUCAGCUGAAGACACUGAGGUUUUUGGGUCCUGCUGCAGAUGAAGCCUGUCAGGAUGUGAAUAGAGUUCUGGGUGAAAACCUGUUACACCUGAGAGAGCUGAAUCUGAGUGAACAUAAACUAGGACUCUCAGGACUGAACAAACUUGCUGCUGUACUGCAGGAUAAACACUGUAAACUCAACACACUGAUUCUGAAUAACAGCGAUAUCACAGAAGAAGAUUGUCGUGUUCUGACUGCAGCUUUAAAUUCAAACUCUUCAAAUCUGACAGAGCUGAAUCUGAGUGAGACUAAACUCAGAAACUCAGGAAUGAAGAUCUUCUCGACUCUGUUUAAGAAUGAACAGUGUAGACUGAAAAAACUGAUGUUUAAUUGCAUCAGUAUUACAGCAGAAGGUUGUGCUGCUCUGACUUCAGCAUUUAAUUCAAAUCCUUCAAACCUGAUAGAACUGGAUCUGAGUGGAAAUAAACUAGAAAACUCUGGAGUGACUGAAAUCUGCACUCUACUGGGAAACUCUCAGUGCACAUUGCAGAUACUCAGACUUUUAGACUGCAGUAUCACUGAAGAAGGUUAUAAAGCUCUGGCUUCAGCUCUGAGAUCAAACCCUUCACACCUGAUAGAGCUGGAUCUCACAGGAAAUGAUCCUGGACAAUCAGGAGUGGAGCAGCUCAAUGAGUUACUACAGGAUCCAAACUGUCAGCUGAAGACACUGAGGUUUUUGGGUCCUGCUGCAGAUGAAGCCUGCCAAUAUGUGACUAAAGUUCAGGGUGAAAACCCGUUACUCCUGAGAGAACUGAAUCUGAGUAGACAUGAACUAGGAGACACACGAGUGAAUCAGAUCGCUGCUCUACUGCAGGAUAAACACUGUAAACUCAACACACUGACUCUGUGUGGAUGCAGUAUUACAGAGAAUCAGUGUCUCAUCCUGACUUUAGCUCUGAAAUCAAACCCAUCACACCUGAGAGAGCUGGACCUGAGUGGAAAUAAAAUAGAAAACAAAGGAGUAAAGCACAUAUGUGAUCUACUGAUUGAUUUCCGUUGUAAAAUGGAGAAAUUGAGGUUAAGAUGCUGUGAUGUGACAGAUGAAGGUUGUUCUGCUGUAACUUCAGCUCUGAAAUCAAACCCAUCACACCUGAGAGAGCUGGACCUCAGUGAGAAUAAACUAGGAGACUCUGGAUUUGAAAACAUUAGCAAUCUACUGAUGAGUCCACAAUGCAAGCUGGAAAUACUAGCACUGUGUAAAUGCAGUAUUAGAGAGAAGCAGUGUGUCUUUCUGACUUCAGCUCUGAAAUCAAACCCAUCACACCUGAGAGAACUGGACCUCAGUGGAAAUGUACUUAAACACACAAGAGUGACUAAAUUUUAUGAUAUACUGAAGGAUUCACGCUGUAAACUGGAAAGAUUGAGGUUAAGGUACUGUGCUAUAAAAGCUGAAGAUUGUUUAGCUCUGACUUCAGCUCUGAAAUCAAACCCAUCACACCUGAGAGAGCUGGCCUUGAGUGGGAAUGAACUAGGCCAGUUGGGAGCAACAAACCUCAGUGAUCUACUGAUGAGCCCACAAUGCAAGCUGGAAAAACUAGAUCUGUGUAGAUGCCGUAUUACAGAGAAACAGUGUGUCAUCCUGACUUCAGCUCUGAAAUCAAACCCAUCACACCUGAGAGAACUGGACCUCAGUGAGAAUCAACUAGGAGACUCUGGAGUUGAAAACCUUGGUGUUUUGUUGAGCAGUUCACAGUGCAAACUGGAAAAACUACAUCUGUGUGGAUGCAGAAUUACAGAGAAACAGUGUCUCAUCCUGACUUCAGAUCUGUGUUCAAACCCAUCACACCUGAGAGAGCUGGACCUCAGUGGGAAUAAAAUAGAAAACAAAGGAGUGCAGAUCCUGUGUGACGUACUGAAUCAUUCACACUGUAAACUGGAGAGAUUGAGUCUAAAUGACUGUGGCCUUUCAGAUGUUGCUUGUAUGGCUCAGUCUUUGGCUGAAACAAAAGCACUGCUGUUUUUAAGAGAGCUUGAUCUGAGUAACAAUAAAAUUGGAGACUCAAAGCAGCAGCUCAUUGAUGUGCUACGAGACUCAAACUGUAAACUGUGCCUGGAGAAAGAACAUUUGCUCAGCUGGAGAGCUGGUGUGAACUACAUUGGUAGCUUUGGUGGGUGGUUAACAUCCUGGUCUAAAACUCAGGAGGAACCUGUGGAAUCAACAGAACAAGAAAAGGUCACCGUCAGCUGAGGAAUUCUCAGAAGUUUCUCCAUUUAGUACUGUAAUAAAUCAAUAUGUGUGGUGGUAAUUUUGCCGAGAUACUGCUAAACCGCAAUUAAGAAAUACAAAAAUGCCAAACUUACAGCUACUACAACUUCAAAUAGCUGCUUAACAUAUCGAAAGUUUACAGGUGGAAAAGGCUCAAACCUUCAAAUGAAAUAAUGCAGUAUUAAAAGAAGCACAUGAGUAAUGUUAAAUAUUUAUUGUUAGUUUAGUAUUCAGUUUAAGGUCUACAUCAUAAAGAUGUUUGGAUUAAACUCAUUAAUUAAGCAAUUAGAAAAUUGCUUAAAUGAUACAAACUGAAAGUCUAAAAUUAAAAUUUAAUUAUUGUGUGCUACAUAUACACAGAUUCAAAUAAGUCCUAUCAAUAUGUUAUUUUUUUAAUCUCUUUAUAACAUAAUUUUAUACCAAAUUUUACAUUUGUUUUACACAAAUAGCCUGUGUCUGUACAGACAGAUUUUAAUGGUAAAAAACUGUGAAAAUGCUACAGAAAAAAAACCUGUUAAAUGGUUAACGGUAAGUUCCUGUAAAAUUUACAGGGAAAAACCGUCAACUGAUGUUCCCAGAAUUCAAAUUGCAUUCAAAAUUCAUACAAUAUUUCAAAUUUUGUUUGAAUUUGAUGUUUUUUCUUUGAAAUAACUGUUUCUUCUUAGUUUUUUCUUAUCAGUUAUGUUUAUUAGGGUUGUAUGUUACAUCUAAUGUUGUUAAAUUAAUGUUUAUUACAUAUUUCAGUUUAAUGAGUCUCACCCAUAGACUGUAUAAAAACAUGGACGUAGUGUCCGUGACGUCACCCGUAGGUUUCUGAAGAGCAUUUUUGAAGCCCAAAGUGGGCAGAGCUGAGUGCCGCCAUUGGCAAGCGCACGCGUCACUCCCGGAUAAUCGAAAAUGGGCAAAAAGGCGGCACAUGGGUGGGGCUGGUUGCUGAAACCACGCCCACCUAGCUCGCCAGUGGUGACAGCAGUGGCAAUCCGCUCUUAAUUAUGCAGAACUUUAAGGGUCAAUAUAAUUUAAACAGAUGAGUUCUAAAAAAAUUCACCCCCCUCACAGUUGUCAUGAAGGGCAAAAUUAGCUAUAUAGACCAAAAUCAUUUUUUGAACCAGGUUGUAAACAUGUUUUUUUCUGCUGUAAAGUUGGGCAUUUUAACAUGGGGAGUCUAUGGGAUUGACUCCCUUUUGCAGCCAGCCUCUAGCGGCCAGUCGAUGAAUUGCAGUUUUAGUCACUUCAGUGUUGGCUUCACGAGAGAGAGCGGGAGGUUGCCGCUUGGUCUCACCAUGAUGGUGUUUAGAGCUUGUGUGAAUGACACUGUGCACCUUCUAUAUAUGUUAUUAUUUAAAAGCUGCAUGUGAUAGGCUUUGGUUUAUCAUGUGACUUUCUCAUUACCACCUGCUUUUGGUGGUUAUCAGUGUAUUUCAAAGGUACAAAACAGAUUUCAGUACUUUAAUUGGUUAGUAUAUUGACAUUAUAUCAGUAAAUUAAAUUAUGUUUUUUAACUGUAAAUUUAAGUUAAAACCUAAAAUGUUGUUACCAUAUUUUUUACGGUAGAAUACCAGCAACCACAGCUGCCAUUUUUUUUACCGUAAAUUUUUUUUUACAGUGUACAUCAGCCUAGACUAAGCAGUCUAUAGUAUUGCCAGUUGACAGCAUUUAUUUACCCAAAUUCCCCCGUAUUUUAAGUUGUUGCUUUCACAGACAGCAGUCUGGAUAGUAUAAUGCUUUUUGUUUAACAGUUAUCGUCUUCCUUUUUGCCAUUGUUGGCAUAUUGUAAAUGCAGGAUCAUAUAUACUUUAAUUUUCUGUCUUUUUUCUUUUCAUACUGUGUAACAUAUAAUCAUAGUUUUAUAUGCAAGGCUGAACUACCUUCUAUGUUUCUGUUAAGAACUGAUCAACAAGUACAAGGUGCAACCAGGAACUGAGAAGUAUGCUAAUGCUUGAGCGGGCAGAGAGGGAGAUAUAUGUAGUUGUGAUUUCUGUGUUCUGGGCCACUUCUUCUCUUCUCAUGGGCCACUUCUCAUCUGACACUUGACUAGUAAGUGACAUUAAUAAAAGACUCUUCAUCUC